AUGUUUAGCAGUGAAAGUAUGUAAGAGCAUAUUUUGUAUGACAAAAUCUAUUAAUACCUAUGGGUUAAAUCAGAAACUGCCAACCCUCCUGCCAUUCUCAUUCCUGAUACUGUCAUUCUUAUUCGUUCUAUGCCAAUCUAUUGGUAUUACACAGACAAAGAAACUGGAGAAAUCAAAAAGAAGAUGAGGAAGAAUGUCACCAAACAAAAUAUCAAGCAAACUUGGAAUCAGCAAGUGGGCAGAGGCGGUGUUGUAGCAUACCUUUUACAUUUUAUGUAUGCGUUGUUCCCUACUAAUUUGCAAGUGAUAACUUAGAUCUCAACUACCCUCCAGAAAAGCUUCAAAUCAGUGGCUAAAUCCAAGUGAUAUACUUUGAUGUUGAAGGAUUCAAUAAAUUUAUGGAUGGGCACUUUGAAUUGCCAUUUGGUAUUCUAUAACAAUUCAUCGAACCAGCUGAUGAUCGCAAUUGUAACUUAACUAAUCAUAUUUCAUAGCCCAAAUCCAAGCCUUCUGGAGUAAAUCAGUCACUCUCUUCACCAAAAGAGUUUGCAAGAAAUCUUUCACCAAUAAGUCCAUGAACAUCUAUGAACGACAUUGUACUUUCGAAGGCCCUGAAUAUUUCAGUGAAGCAAGUAUCAUUAUCUCCUUCAUAGUUCACUCAAAGCUUAAGUGAAGGAUUUCUAAUCCCAAAGAAUCUCAGAACAAAUCGAUAAAAUGAUCUCUCAUCUGGAUGCCAUUUCCUAUGGCAAACUCAAUAUUUCGCAAGGAACUUUCUAUUUCAAAGUAGACAAAAAGGCCAGGUGCUGGUUCCUCUUUUGUGGUAAUCUCAAAUUUGAAGACGACAAACAACUCAAGAAUCUACCCAAAGAUCUAUACACACAAUCUCAAAUCAAAGUAAAAUCCUAUCCCAUCCUUAAAAGAUUCCAAAAUCAAUUGAUAAUUUGAUGUCCGUCUACAAUUCAAGACCUCUCCAAUUGAAUAGGGAACACAAAUGUAUCAGAUGCGGUCAAUUGGAAAAGGGAUCAAACUUUGUGGAAGUCCCCUAUCAUUUCUUGAUCGAUUUACCUGAAAGUCCACUCCCUGUCGAACAAUGGCCUCUCGAAGUUAAGAAACAAGCCAAACAAGUCAAACUAAGUGGAGCCAACCAAGAAAAGGUGGCAUAUGUCAAUACAGUCUCUUAAAUCCCCUUGACCUUUCAGAAAAUCCAUGAACAAUUAAACAUUCAAAACUACAAAGAAUUCAAGCAGUCUCAAGGAUUCAAAUACAAAACAAUAGCAGUUUGCUUAGAUUGCUACUUCAUUAUGGGUAUAUUGAAAUGCGCUAUCUUUUUUAGUCGAAAAUCAAGAGAAGAUUGCGAUGCAAGAAGUCACGACUAAAGAGAAGAGCAGCAUGCCAAGAGUGAAAUCUAAGCAAUUUCAAAGAAAAGAACAGAGUCUUAAUCAAUUUCUCAACUCAACUCAAUUGGCAAAACAAAUAAAAUCUGUGAAGAACUUACAAAUGAAGUAGGUGUGUUCAGAGACACCCACUCCAAAACAAAAUACUAUUCAGAAGUAUGUUAGUCUUAGAUUGACUAAUUGCAAAUCAAUAACUCCUAUCAAAUAUUCAAUUGAAGUGCCAUCGACCGCUGAUUACUUGUCAAGGAAGACCAAAUCUACAUACUAAGAUAUGAGUUCGACCUACAAAUUCAAGAAUAGCAGGGAUAACUACAAUCAGUCAUUGCAAGAAAGACAAUAAAAUAGAUUGAUAGAAAUAAAAGAUGAAUAAGAAUAAUGA